AUGUCCCAACGAAAGACGAAAAAUCUUGCCGGCGUGGUGCAUGGGAUUGAAGACUUCCGUGUGGAAGAAAUCCCUAUGCCUCGACCGCUUCCCAAUGAGGUCCUGAUUGAAAUGGAUUGUGUGGGGAUCUGUGGCUCAGACGUACAUUACAUUUCGCAUGGUGGAUUUGGAGAUUACAAGUUGAAAGAUAAACUUGUUCUUGGUCAUGAAUCGUCCGGCGUGGUAGUGGAGAUCGGCCAAGCAGUGAAGCAUUUGAAAGUAGGCGAUCGUGUCGCCAUCGAACCGGCCAUCGGGUGUCGUACGUGCCGUCAGUGUAAGGCUGGCCGUUACAACCUGUGUCCUGAAGGGCUUUAUUGUGCAACCACGGCCCAGGGAAAUCUGUGCAACUACUACACACACGCUGCAGAUUGCUGCUUUAAGUUACCCCCAAAUGUAACGAUGGAGGAAGGAGCUCUUUUAGAACCGCUAGCUGUCGGAGUGCACUGUUGUCGGCGUGGCGGAGUUGGAAUUGGCAGCAUAGUCCUCGUGCUUGGUGCAGGACCAAUUGGACUCGUUACUAUGCUAGUUGCAAAAGCGAUGGGUGCCGCUAAGGUGUGUGUCAUCGAUCUGAUGGAUAGCAAGCUGGAGUUAGCUAAGGACCUCGGGGCAGACGCUACUCUGGCAGUUGGUCUUCACGAUUCCGAGGAAGAUAUUGUAAAAAGGAUUCACCUACUUCUCGGAAGUGCUCCAGACAUUAGCAUCGAAUGUACCGGUGCGGAGGCGUGUGUCAACCUUGGCAUAGCUGCCACCGUACCUGGUGGAGUACUGACAUUGGUCGGAAUAGGAACGAUCUAUCAGCGGAUCCCCAUAACAACGGCCCUGGUUCGCGAAAUUGAUAUUCGACCAGCAUUUCGGUACGCUAACUGUUAUCCUGCAGCCUUGGCAAUGAUUGCUAACGGCUCAAUCGAUGCCCGCAAGCUGAUUACCCACCAUUACGAUUUGAAAGAAUCGGUUCAAGCGUUCAAAACUUCCCGGUAUGGAUUGGACGGUGCCGUUAAGGUUAUGAUUCACUGUCAGCCAAGGAACAAAAAUAAUUUUUAACGAAAAGUAUAAAAUGAAUUGCGUACACAUUUAGCGCUCAUUCCUUAUGCUUCAUAUAUGCAACC